CAGGUCCAUGGCGCCGCCGAGCAGCAGGUCCAUGGCGCCGCCGAGCAGCAGGUCCAUGGCGCCGCCGAGCAGCAGGUCCAUGGCGCCGCCGAGCAGCAGGUCCAUGGCGCCGCCGAGCAGCAGGUCCAUGGCGCCGCCGAGCAGCAGGUCCAUGGCGCCGCCGAGCAGCAGGUCCAUGGCGCCGCCGAGCAGCAGGUCCAUGGCGCCGCCGAGCAGCAGGUCCAUGGCGCCGCCGAGCAGCAGGUCCAUGGCGCCGCCGAGCAGCAGGUCCAUGGCGCCGCCGAGCAGCAGGUCCAUGGCGCCGCCGAGCAGCAGGUCCAUGGCGCCGCCGAGCAGCAGGUCCAUGGCGCCGCCGAGCAGCAGGUCCAUGGC